GGAACGCAUCUUCCGCAAAUGUGAAUACGUAAUAGUAGACAUGCGCGGUCUUCGCUGCCACUAGCUUUGUUGGGUUGCUACCUGCUAACUGCUAACUAGCAAGUAUUUCCUGCCAGUGACUGGACACAGAUAUGGACAUCGACGCGUUAUUGGAAGCGUUUCAAGAUUUUGAGAAGAAAGGGAAGAAAGAGACCUGUCCCGUACUAGAGCAAUUCCUGUGUCAUGUUGCCAAGACAGGGCAGCCGCUGAUCCCGUGGUCCCAGUUCAAAACUUACUUCAUGUUUAAGUUGGAAAAAGUCAUGGAUGAUUUCCACGCUUCAACACCAGAGCAGAGAGGACCACAUAAUCCCAAUGUAGAGUAUGUUCCCUUUGAAGAGAUGAAGAAGAGGAUCUUAAAAAUAGUUGAUGGUUACAAUGGAAUCCCAUUCACCAUCCAGCGUCUGUGUGAACUCCUUAUGGACCCCAAGCGUAACUACACCGGGACAGACAAGUUUCUCAGGGGUUUGGAGAAGAAUGUAAUGGUGGUCAGCUGUGUCUAUCCCACAUCAGAGAAAAAUGGGGCAUCCAGUGUAAACAGAAUGAAUGGAGUGAUGUUUCCUGGUAACUCUUCUCUAUAUUCAGACAGUCGAAAUGUAAAUGGACCAAGCACACCAAAACCACUCAACAGACCAAAGCUGUCAUUGUCUACUUCGCUUUCCACCAACGGGCUCCCUGACUGUCCCGUCAGCAAAGAGCCAGAGCCAAUCGCCGAAGAGGUUGAGGAGCACCAUAUCAGUGAUUCCACGCAAUCAGAAGGUGAAAUAACACCAAACAGCGGUAUAAAAAACAAACACCCCGAGGAGGAAGAGGAGGAGGAGGAGGAUUCUGAUGCCGACAAGCAAGAGGUCAAGAGGCUCAAGUUUGAUGAAAAGGAAGCGGAUGAAACAGAAAGUGAAGAAAAGGAGUCAUCUUGUCAUAAAGGGUCAGAUAGCUUGUCAGAGACACCGGAGUCUUCAGAAGACUCUUGUGGUCAAGACUACAAAAGUGGAACAUCUUGUGACACACCUUCUAAUUCAGAAGACCAUGAGCCCAGUAGCACACAGACAGAAACAUCUGAAAGGGAAGGAGACUCCUCUGAGACGGGAGAUGUCCACAGUCAGAAGAAUGACAACGUUGUGGACCAACCUGAGCCGCCUCCUCCGUCAGAGAAGAGUACAAGCUUUGAGCAGGACAAUGGGGAGAGCAGCAGCGACAUCGGUGAUGGAGAGGGCCUGCCUAGUGAAAAACAGGUCCCCUCCUCUUCUAGCAGUUCACCUGACUUGACAACAGAGGGCGAUGCUGACAAUUCAAACAGCAUAGAGACUGCAAUAGAACCUGGGGAACAUGAAUAACUUGAAGCCCAGCCUGCCAACUGACUUUUUCUUUUUUUUUUUU